CGUCAUUGGUCAAAUCAACCCGUUCCAAUGUGGCUUUCCACCUCAGCUUCCAACUCCUCUGGUAGCCUUGGCCAGUAGUAGGCUACAUCAUCAUCAAGCUAUAACGUCAACUCUUCACGUCGCACUUGACACUAGAGCUCGCUGACGGCCUCAUAUCCUCACCAUGGCAGAAUCAGAGCUCGCCCCCAAAUUUGCCCCUUUUAUUGGGAUGGCCGGAAUUGCAGCUGCAAUGGUCUUCGGAUGUAUUGGUGCUGCUUACGGCACAGCCAAGUCUGGCAUCGGCAUUGCUGGUGUCGGUACAUUUAGACCAGACCUCAUCAUGAAGUGCCUCAUCCCCGUCGUCAUGUCCGGUAUUAUUGCCGUUUACUCACUUGUUAUCUCCGUCCUCAUCGCUGAGGAUCUCGACCCAGGCAAGAACUACAGCUUGUUUUCUGGUUUUCUGCAUCUCGGAUGUGGUAUUGCAGUCGGCAUGACUGGUCUUGCCGCCGGUUACUGCAUCGGAGUUGUCGGCGACACUGGCGUUCGUGCUUACAUGGAGCAGUCUAGGAUCUUUGUUGGCAUGGUCCUGAUUCUUAUCUUCGGCGAAGUUCUUGGUCUCUAUGGACUCAUCGUUGCUCUUCUCCUGAACAGCAAGAGCAAGGGUUAAACAAGUCCUAUUCAACCGACAAUCACACACCUAUUCUGUCGGCUUUCCAUUGAAUGGUCGACUUGUACGUCGUGGAGGUUUUGAGCUGCCAUCGAGUUACGGAGGCAUACCAUUAUGUGUACAUCGGGCAUGGCGUUAUUGGACGUGUAACAUAUCUUUUGCAAACAGGUAGAGAAAUGGUGGGCAAGUUGACCGUAUCUAGCUUCGAGUAUAAUCACAAAGUUUAUGCUGACACGAUUUCUCCAACAUGUUGGCACUAUACGUCUCAAGAUAGUUUCAAUGUUUCAUUUCAUUUGAGGGGUGAGCUACCUAAUACCAGCCCAGGUUCACCAAGCCCUAUGCGACCCUAUGUUCGAGAACGAGCGACGAAAGAGAAGAAUAUGCUCACGGCGACCGUUUCAUGUCAUCCAUCGAUCGGAGUGCAGUUGACAAUUUGAGAACCCCCAACUCGCAUGCCAUGCCUUAUCCCGACAACCCAAUCUAGAUCAUCAAAACGCCAUGAGAAUGCGACAAUGUCGUUUCAGCCAACGUAACAGACAUGACAACCGCGACCCAGCGCAACAGAGAUGCAAAGAAAACAUAAAAAUGCAGAGAUGAAGGGAA